AUAGCGGUGCGGGAAACGCCUUCGUCUAGAAGUGCCUCGAAAUCGUCAGGCCGCGGCCCUGGCCUUCGCUGAACAAGCCAGCGGCCCAAUGAAUCUCAACACCAUCUCCGUGACCAGUUCAAGCCUCGACGAAGAUUCACAGUCUACCUCAUCAAGUCUGGCGUCUGGGUCAUCACGUAGCAGCAACCCCCCACUUGACUCCCCCACAGAGGAACUUAUCACAACCGAGAUUGAGAACAGUGUCCAACGUCGCUUCUUCCCACGGGGAACAAAAAUGUACAUGCUACUCUGCGUGAAUACAAGCAGGCGAUUGAUCAAGUUGGCCAACGUCGAUGUUACGGAUAUGGACGAUGAUGAGAAAGUUUUCAACAAGUUGCGAGAAGCGUAUGGGGAUCUUCGCAAGAAGAAAUGGUACUCGCGUCUUGUGAAACCGAAGACUAUGCAUUACAUCAAGGUAUCCUUGUUCUCACUGAACCCUACAAGCAAAAACUCGAACGAGAUACUGAAUUUUAAUAGUUUAGGCUCUUGUACCUGCAGAAGUCUCAAGAGUGCGUCACCCACUACGAAGUCGACUCUAUCCCAUCAAUCAAGGAAGUCAUGCGCGAGGAAUAUCUCUAUGAUCCCUGUCCACCCGAACAUGGAGAUUUUCCUAUCCCGCCUGACAUUUUUAUGCACAUAUUUAAAUAUCCUGGAGAUCAUAUCGGUAUGGCUACCGAGAUGCUUCCCAAAAAGCUCUACAGCAAGGUGUGUUGGGUCAACUCGGUCCAUCAUUCUCGGAACUUGCCGUAUGGCUGGGGCUUUUACAUCGUCGAAGAAGUUGACUGGGCUUUGGUCGCCUGGUGGGUUUUUGGCAUGGUCAUUUUAUUAACGACCUUGACUAUUGCCUGGUCUGCCGUGACGAAGGAUGUCCAGGGCGGGACAGGAAUCGGGUCAUACUCGAUCGCUGCAUUGGCUCUCUUGGUAUCAGUUAUUAUCCUUGGAACUAGAUCCAUCGAAGGCACAGUUCUAGAUAAUUAAUUCGUUACAAGUAAUAUUUUUAUACAUGAUUAAGAAUGCUUUAGUCAUGGAAACCCUAGAUAUUAUUUGGUCAGUAGG